AUGGCAGAGACGGGUAGUGCAGUGGCUGGCAAAGUGGUGGACUCAUUGUUUGUUGUGGCUAAGAAGCAGAUUAGUUACAUGUGGAAUUACACUCAAAAUGUUGAUACUUUAAAAAGAGCAUUGCAAGAUCUCAAAGGUAUGAGGGAGAGGGUUCAAGUACAGAUAGAUAUAGCUAUCCGUAAUGGUGAUAAUCUCUUAGAGGGUGCGAAAAAGUGGGUGAAGGGUGCUGAUGAAGAAAUAUCCAAGGCUGAAGAAUUUGUUGAAGAAGAAACGAAUGCCAAGAAGACGUGCUUCAAACUAGCAAUGUGCGGUAAUUGGCACACCCUUCAUCAUUACGGAAGAAAGGCAAUAAAGAUGGCUCCUCUUAUUUUGCAGCAACAAGUAAGUGGCACGCCUUAUGAAAGAUGCGUCUCUAUUGAAACUCCUGCACCGGGACCACUAGAUGUUUAUCAAAACAAAGAUCUUGAUGAUCUUCAUACCCAUAAUUCAGCUUUGGGGUAUAUCAUCAAGUCUCUUGAAGACGAGAGCACACAAAUCACUGGAAUCUAUGGAUUAGGAGGCGUAGGGAAAACGACAUUAGCCAUGGAAGUUGCUGCAAGAGUUAAGAAUAAUCUGUUCGCUGAUGUUGCUUUUACAACCGUCUCUCUAACAAUAAAUGCUGAGAAGAUUCAGAAGGAUCUUGAAAAUGCAACAAAGCGGAUAAUGAAAGGUGACAAGAUUCUUAUCAUAUUAGAUGAUGUUUGGGAGAAACUAAAUUUGGAAAAAUUGUGUAUUCCAUGUGGGAAUAAUUUCAUGACUUGUAAGAUCUUAUUGACGUCUAGAAGUGAAAAAGUGUGCCGAAAAAUGAAUGCUCAAAGAAUAAUUUGGGUAAAUUCGUUGCCAAUAGAAGAAGCAUGGAUUCUUUUCAAACGUGUGGUUGGUAAGAGAUUGGAGACAGAUUUCAACUUGAAACCAGUUGCAUUGAAGGUUGUUGAAGAGUGCGGAGGAUUGCCACUGCUUAUUCAAGCAGUAGGAAAUGCCUUAAAAGAUGAAAGCACCAAAUCGUGGGAAUCGGCUCUUACACAGCUACAGAAACAUGCACCUUUAGAUAUCGAUGAGGAGAUACGAAAAUCAUUUACUCAUUUGAAGUUAAGCUAUGAGUAUCUUAAAAGUGAAGAAGCCAAGUCGUGUUUUUUGCUCUGUAGCAUGUUCCCUGAAGACUAUAUUAUCCCAUUGGAAGACUUGGUAUUUUUUGGGGUGGCUUUAGAAAAGUUUGAUGACCUGGAUAGCAUAGAGGAUGCAAGAAGCAGGGUUCAAAAUGCAGUAAAUAUCCUCACUUCUUCUGGUUUGUUAUUGAAUGUGGGGAAUGAAGAGGUCACAAAAAUGCAUGAUGUUGUUCGUGAUGUGGCAUUGUUAAUUGCAUCUGAAGGCAAUAACAAAUUUCUGGUGAAAGCUUGGCAAGGUUUAACUGAAUGGCUACCAAGAGAUACGAGCUUAGAAAGCUACAAAGGAAUUGCACUCAUUAGUAAUAACAUCAUCAAGCUUCCUAGUUAUAAGGUAAACGUACCAAACCUAGAGAUUUUCUUUGUAUGCGGAAAUCGUGACUUGUCAAUGAUUUCUGAUGAAUUCAUUGGGUGCAUGAAAAAAUUAAAGCUUUUAGAUAUCUCGUGGAAUAAUAUCUCAUCAUUGCCACAAUCAUUUCAACUCCUAACAAAGCUUCGUACGCUCGAUCUCCGUGGAAAUAAAUCUCUCUAUGAAAUUUCCAUACUUGGGGAGUUAAAAGCCCUUGAGAUUUUAAUACUAAAUGGAACUGGAAUCAUUGAAAUUCCUAAAGAGAUUUGCCAAUUAGUAAACUUGAGAGUGCUCGAAAUUAAGGAUUGUGUUGAUCUAUCUCGCAUAACACAAGGUGUUAUAUCAGCGCUUUGGAGAUUGGAAGAGUUAUGCAUUGAAUUUAUGUUGAAGUUCAAAGGAGCUUCUGAUUGUAUAGUUGAGGUAAUAAGCUUGUCAAAGCUCGCAUACUUAGACUUAACAGUUCCAAGUAUUGAUCAAAUUCCUACAGAUGGACAAGGUUUCAAUUCAGAAACAUUGAAAGGAUUUGUGAUUGAAAUAGGAGAAUACCGUCGAGAUGUAGGCGUCAAAGUUGUCUUCCUUUCAAGGUCAGGUCGAUAUCUAGUUCUCUCAGCAGUACAUCUUAGGAUUCCUUUAGCGAAAUGGUUAAAGAAUUUGAUUGAGGGAAGUCUUCCUAAUAUAAUUCUAUAUGGUAUUGAAAACUUGAAUAACGUCAUGCCUACCUUGUAUCAUCAAGGUUUCACUAAAUUACAGAAUAUUCAUUUGAAUGAUUGCCCUAAUGUGUCAUGCUUAGUAGAUAAUGAUACAAGGUGUAAUCGGGAUGAAGGGAAAACAAAGGAAAAGUUUUUCAAGGAACUAAAACACAUUGAAUUGUGGUAUCUUGAAAAUUUGGAGGUGUUAUGGAAAUGCCCAGAUGAAUGUAUAAGUCUUACUAACCUAGUCACUCUUUAUAUAGAAGGUUCUGAUAAGUUAGGAAGUGUAUUUACAGUGCGUGUAGCACAAGGCCUUGUCAAUCUCAACUUUCUAUUUAUUCGAAAUUGUGAUGGUUUAGAGGAUGUGAUUUGGGGUGGUGAUGGAGGAGAUGAUGAAUCUGGUUGUAUUAUCGUGUUCCCUUCCCUUGCCCAGAUAUUCCUUUUGAAAUUAAGGAGACUCAAAAGCUUCUAUUUAGGGAGUGAGAAUUGUAGCUUCGAAUAUCCAUCUUUGGUGGAAGUUAAAAUUGGUGGUUGUGGAAGCAUGCAAAUAUGGGGACAUGGAAUCCAUGAAACACCCAACCUCAAAACAUUGGUUGUGAAUCCAUAUGACGAUGUACGUAGAUUACAGUUGGAUGGACCUAAUGCCAUCAAUGAUGUUGUGGCAAAAGCAAGAGACUUGGACAAGAGAAAGCAACAAGCAAACCUUUAUAAACCGAACGCCAAAUGA